CUUUUACAAUUAUUCCAGGCAGUACAUUUACACGAAAAGGAAAAGCGAAACCAGAAAAACUAUUUUCUGUCCAUACCACCUUUUCGAUCCAGUUGUUUGACGCUAACCCCUCGACCGCUUUGGAACAGGCAAGAGAAGAGCUGAUGAAGCAGUUAGGAGUAUCCGUUGCUAUUUCAUCUUUCUAGUAAAUACACAACCGAAAGAGAUGCACCUAGAACGCUCGAUCUCCAUUACGAAAUCAUCAACAAAUGGAUAGAGGCCGGUGUUGGUUUUCAGAAAAACUGCGUGUCUAUUGAUGAAGCUGGUUUUCACUCUCAACUGAUGAGGAGGCGUGCAUGGUCAAAGGUUGGCACUCCAGCAAACGUAAAAGUGCACACACAAAAAGGUGUUAAUUUGAGUAUGAUUGGGUGUAUAUGUGCUAGAGGAAUUACAAGCUUUGCCAAAGUUAUACCUCUGAAAAUAGGGGAUGUCGAAUUGAUAGAGAAAGAGUUUCAUUCUGAGGUAUCAGCUAAAAAAAGAAAGUAUAACACUCAAGAGCCCAAAAAACAAAAACUCUUAAAGAAGGGUACUACUGCUUAUCAUAUUGUUAAAUAUGGAGUCUGUUAUGGACGUACUUGAUAAAAACGAGAUGAAAGGGUGUUUCAUUGUCACGGAUAACUGUAGGGUACACCACUCCAGAUUUGUUGUUGACGCAAUUGUGAGACGGGGAUAAAAACCAUUAUUCAUGCCACCUUACUCUCCUUUUUUAAAUCCCAUCGAAGAGUGCUGGCCGAAGAUCAAAAGUGGCAUUAGAAGAAACCCUUUGAAAAAAGGCGAUGAGCUGACACCUCGUAUCGCUGGAGCAUGCAAUGCGGUGACUACAA